UGAAUAAAAAAAAAAAAAAAAAAAAGGAAAAAUUAAAAUUUCCCCUUGUCUGGACGCCGCACGAACCCCCAUAAUGUUCAUCUUCUUCGCUCUCACUCUUCAACCCAGCCGAUCGUCGAGUCGGCUGCCGCGUCCUUCGUCCGCCCGUUGUCAUCGAUUUGUAGGGAGUUCGCCGGUGAGUUCUGCACAACAGUUGUUCGCCUCCGUUUAUGCACAGAUCUAGUCGUGACCGCCAGACGCGCCGCUCACCGUCGGUCUCCCUCGCGCACACCAGUCACCGUCCGCCCACGUUUUCGGUACUCAGGAUCGGUCGCCGGCGUUCGCUGCAUCAUCACUAAUCGCUAGGUCGUUCGAUUUGGCGUUUCUUCCAAUUAGCGCCUCGCAGACUCGCACGCCGCUGCACCUCCGCCCUCUGCCGUCACCGCCCAGCCCUUUAUUGACGCCGGAAGCCGCUGGAAGUUGUCGGAAUCUUGGUUUUUUGGGGUUCAAGGUUUUUGUUUGAAGGAUUGGAAGUGAUUUUGGACAAAUCUACGCUUGAGAUUGUUUUAAUACUUGAGCUUAAAUUCGAGGCGUCUUGGUGCUACACAUACACAUCAAACAAUCAAAGCAGAAUGAGAGUUGGAAAUGUGUGUAUGAAUAUUUGGGUUAUACUUAAUCAGAUAUUUGAAUAUGUAAUUAGUUUAUUUAGGAGUUGCGCUUUCAUUGUUCUAUCGAUGGGUUCGAUUCCUGUUCAUGUUGCUUUCAUAAUGGAUGGGAACAGGAGAUUUGCAAAGAAAAAAAAGCUGGCAGAAGGGGCUGGCCAUAGGAUUGGGUAUUUGGCUUUGACAUUCAUGCUCAAGUACUGCUAUGAAUUGGGUGUGAAGUAUGUAACCGUUUAUGCCUUCAGCAUCGAUAAUUUUCGAAGAAGUCCUAAAGAAGUUCAAAGUGUGAUGGAUCUGAUGUUGGAAAAAGUUGAAUUGUUGAUUAGAGAAGAAAGCCUUGUGAAUCAAUAUGGAGUUAGACUUCACUUUUUAGGAAACUUAAAUCUAUUGAGUGAACCUGUCAGGAGAGCAGUUCAAAGAGCUAUGGAAGCCACUAGAAACAAUAACAGAGCAGAACUUGCUAUCUGUGUUGCUUACACUUCCACUGAUGAAAUUGUUCAUGCUGUUGAAAGGUCUUGUGAAGAGAAAUGGAAUGGGAUGAAUUCAAAAAGUGCAAGUGGAGUAGGAUAUGGUUUAAGCAAAUUAGGUGUGGCUAAAAAUGGUGAGAACUCCAUAACAGUAGCCGAUGUCGAGAAGCAUAUGUAUACCAGAGUUGCUCCCGACCCUGAUAUGUUAAUUCGCACAUCUGGAGAGGCCCGCUUGAGCAAUUUCCUUUUGUGGCAGACCUCUUUAUGUUAUUUGUAUUCUCCUUCUGUACUUUGGCCAGAAAUGAAUUUUUGGCAUUUUUUGUGGGCAAUGUUGAAUUUUCAAAGAAACAAUCAUCAUUUGGUAAAGAAGAGGAAACAGUUAUAAUUUUCAUUCCUAGUUGUGUUUCUUUUUUUUUUUUUUAAUUCCCUUCGUAUUAUUGGGUAAGUUAAUGUAACACUAGAACACCUCUUAUGUAUGUUGUACACAGGUUAUAAUAACUGUACAACUUUUUUGGCAACUUAUUGUUAUGUUAGUAUUGGUUGAACAAACAGGACACUGUUUCAACUA